AUGGAGCAGCAAAGUGCCGUUGUUGAUGCGUUGCCAUAUUUCGACAAAGGUUAUGGGGAGAAUGGCAUGCAAGAAGCCAACGCGCUUCUGACUGAAGAGAUGCGUCGUUACCGGCCUACAAAGAAUUACUUGGAACAUCUACCGUCCCUGGCUGGACCCAUUCCUCUUAAGUUUGAAACUGAAAUCAUGAGAACUGAAUUUGAUCGCCUCGCCAACCGUCUUCCGAUGGAACUACUAAGUAUGAAACGCUACGAAUUGCCUCCACCUCCAUCUGGCAAGAUUGGCGAUCUUCGUUCGUGGCAGGAGGCAAUAGAAAAUGCUCACGCUCAGCUGGAGCAUCAAUUAACGCGUAUUAACAACCUGGAAUUGAUGAGCGAAUAUGGUUCAACUGCCUGGAAGUCCUAUAAUGAAGAUCUUGAAAAGAUACUACGCAAACACGAGAUGGACCUACUCGAAAUUAGACGAAAAGUUCAAGAGAUCAAUUGGCAACGAAAACAGGAGCAGACCCUGGCGGGUGAGACGCUGACUCAGCUUGAAGAGGAAUGGGUCAUGUUGGUGGGCAAGAACUACGAAAUUGAACAGGCCAUCAUCAAUUUGGAACAGGAACUACAAGUUUCUGCCGGAACUCCCAUGAAUGGUGACACACAAGAACCAUAG